UUCAAUGAAACAUAUUUUUGUAUUUCUAGAUUUAUCGGUAUCUGUUCCAAAUCGUUUGAUUGUAACAAGCCGCAUUGCGCCACGAACAAGCAUACUUUCGCAUUCUUUUCUACUACUUUAAGCUUUUGAAGUUACUUAUGGUUAAAAAAUCACGAUUCCAAAGAUCAUGUGUAAAUUAGAUGCGGUAUAAUUUGCAUUACAAUUCGAGAUAUGUAAAGAAUUAUUACUACUAUUUCCUAAAUAUUAUUUUUUCUGUCACGAUUCACGGAUUGAAUUUCAAAUAGAACUAUGUAAUCACAAUGGCUCGCUACGAAUACUAACCCAAUUUCGUGUCACCUACGAAUGCCUAGGUUUUCAAUAGAUCUAUUCAUAUUUAUGGACUCAAUAAAAUCAUGACCGAUGUACUACACGUGGGUCUUACAAUCCAGUUAAUAAUUUCAAAGGGAUCUUCCUUAGUAUCUUUGCCAUAAUUUAUACUAAAUUAAUUUCGUCCAGAAUUAUUUAUUUAAAAAGCAAUAAAAUUGUCAUAGCACGCAUUUGAAUAAAGGGAAACAUAUCACGAAAUCGUUAUUUAUUAUCUAUAUUUGAAAUUUUCUGAAUUCAUCACCAGUGGUCCCUGUUUACAUUAUACGAACAGUUCAGAAAUCACAUUGACUAACUUCAUAAAUUUAAACGUAAGGAAAUGUGAUGAUAUUUUACAAAUGUUUCUUUCUUUAUUUAUUUUCCUUAGAAUUUACUGUUAUUUAUGUUAUUUGCCUACGAUAUACGAGCUUGUGAAAAUGCUUUAUCUCCAGCAUCGAACAUUAAUCGUGUACUUGGGUAACGAAAUUGGGAGAUUUAUAAAAAGUGACGUUCAUCAGUUUGACUUUUGAGAGGCUCGUGUGACGAUUAACGUUCUAGAUGAUGCAACAAAACCAUGGCUCCGACUCGUGUUUAAUAUGCAAUUUCGAGAGAAAUUCUAUUCUUUAUUCAAAAUGAUAGAGAAUUAAGUUAUGGCUGUUGAUGCUGUUGAUCGGUUUUGGACAUUGGUCAUUUCGUGUCUGCGGCAAGUACCUUCCUGCCGAGCUUCGGAAAUGUCUUAUCAGGUCGUAUCUUGUAUAAACACGUUCCACCUGGUCUCAGGCCGUCACGACCCACGCCAUUUUCUACUGUCGCUGCCCACGUUGUUUCGUAACUUUCCACGAGAACACUUUAUCACGCACCGUUCGUCUCUCGUAUUGUUCUGCUCUGUUGAUAGCGGUAGAAAGAUCGCAGCAUUGAUUAUACGCAUAUUUCUUCUAAUAGCUUCUCGCUAACGGUGUUAAUGAUCAUAGUUCAGAAAGUAAAGAAUGGCAAGAACAAUGUCGUUCAAAAAAAUAAACUCUAAAAAUGCGUAUUUCGAUAUGUUGAUAGGACAGACGCGUACGUCAACCCUUAGAUAAUACAGUAACGAAUACAAUAUGUGUAAUGUGAAUGUAAUACAAUAACGAAGAAUCAGAAUGAAGAAGUUAGAAAUUUAUUAUCUUUUUAUCUCGAAAACUUAUUGCAAUUUUCAAAGAAAUGAGUAUUAAUAAUUACAUCGAAAUAUGUCGAAGAAUGAACUGCGGUUGGUCAACGUUAGUCGUUGCAGCAUCAUCUCGUGCUAAAGUGAUUGAAAUACGUACACACCUAUAAUUAAGAUUAAUUUGUCCCAAAUCUACGAUGUAGAGAAAUAUUACGAACUAAAAUGAAAAAUACAACCGUAAAGAUGUAAUAUCUGUAUAAGAUUACAAUUUAUUUUCCUCGUUAUAUUUUGCAAGUCUAAAGCAAAGUUUACGGAGUAAUAACCAUAAUAAUCCAACUUCAAAUUGGAUGGAGAAAUACAAAGAUCGUGCGAAAAAAUAAUAAAACUUCAAUUUUCUCGAAUAUUUUAAAAUGAUAGAUAAUACGUUGUAACUAAAGAAGGUAGUAUGUAUAUGUAUGUGGUAACAACACUGUUGAAGGCUUAAUGGAACAUUAGACGAACAUCGUCCACGUAGGUGUAAAAAAUCAGAAGUAAAAUGUAGAAUUAGCGAAGGAUGCAGGCCGUGAUUAGCGUGGACCUUUGAAAGGCGAUCGAAUUAGUUGGGUACGCGGAAUUCCCUGUACGGGACGAUUUGUAGCAGUAAUCCAGGCUUACGGUUCCCGGUGCUUGGAUGCGCUUUAAUAUGAUUUAAACCUACCACCGUGUUGGCUACCGUGUUACGAUCGUGAAGCUCUUACUGGCUACAUGGGCCUUCCAGAGAGUCCUUGAGGAGAACUCGAGAGAGCGCGAUGAAGCGAGACAGUGAUACACGCGUGCGUACACGCAAGAAAGUGGCGUAAAAUACGUAGGCGAGGUACCGGUUUUUUCCGGACCCACUACCGUUCCUCUUUGAAUUUUAAAUCUUUCUCGCUACCGAAUGUAAUUAAGCCGCAUUCACCGCCAGACAAAAAAUUGAAUUCGUACAACAUCCUAUACGAUUAAAUUGCAACGAAAGCGCGUCGGUUCUUUUCAACAUUUAGCUGUAUAGUUUUAUCUAUGAGUAAACUUGCUCGUGCGUGCCUUUGCACAUAAUUUGCAUCGAUGUAAAACUUUUCUUCGAACCUUCCUUCAUCUCGUUCUCCUUCAUUGCUCGACAUUAUCCUUCACGUUGCAAAACUAUAAUAUCCGACCAGCGUUUCUCUCUUUCAAGCAGCUUGAAAUGUAAUGGAAAACGGGUUAUUCGCACGUGUUUGCUCUUUGCAAAUUCAGCCGUUCACGUGCGCCGGCUGAGACAAUUUCGUGACGCGAGUCACUCGAACACACCGGUUCGUAGCUUGCCUUUGUUUUCUCUGUCUUUAGUCUCACGUGUUUUUCUUCGUCUACUUCUUCUGCACUUCCUUUGCUUGUUCGUUGAGUAAGCGAAGCGAACGCUUUGAGGUAGCCGCCGCGUUUCAGAUCGGUCGAGGCGACGCGACCGCGACGCACGAAACGACGUACCGGGCGACGCACCAACGAGAUACCUCACUGCGGUCCGUGCCUCGGCAAAAGUGACAAGGCCCCGGUAAUUAUAACGGGUGGCGCAAAAAAAACGACACUUCUCGUCUACUCGCCGCAGAUCUCUCGUUUCGUCCAGUAUGCACUCGGACAUGCAACUCGAUAAGCAACAUUACCCGCAAAGUCCUUCUCCGUGGUACUCUCCUUUUCGUAGAUUGUUCGUGUGAUCUCCACGAUCUUGAUAAAAUAUAAUCCACGCAGAGUUCGUCGAUCGAACCAGUCAUCUCUAUCGCGCGAUGGAAAUCCUACGUUGGAUUCGCUGGAAUUAUUGAAUUACGCGGAGCUUCAAUAAAAUCAAUGAACGCUAUCCAAUGAACGCUGCAUAUUGAAUUUUCAUCCUCAUCGUCGUCGAUCACCAACGAUAGAUGUAUGUGAUAUGUCAUUAGUUGUUAUUGAUAUUUAACUUAUUAAUAAUUUAUUUUUCUGAAAAAAUGAUUUACGCUUAUAUCGUAUAUGUGGCGACACCUAUUAUCCACGAGUGAAAGGUAUAAUGUUUCAUUGUCAGCAAGAAGAUGGCAGUAAAACAAGGUAGUUUAUCAAUGGAAAACCAUGCGCAAGCUAUUUCAUUUGCGAAUAGUUAUUUCGCUUUGGUCGAUGGUCUUGUUUCUGAUUUAGAAAGUCAGCUCUCGGAGGAUGUGGUCCUCUAUUGGUUUGGCAGUUUGAUCAAAGGCAAGAAACGUGUGUCUACCUUCUUGCGAAAUCGUAAACUGAAUACAAGGCAUAUAUUCCCACAUAUUAUAUCGACCACUGAUAUCAGUUACGAAAAGGAAAGGUUAACUCGGAACAAACUUUGUUCGUGUCAUUAUCGAAAACAGCAAGAAUAUCAAACAAGGCAUAAUAAUUUCGUCAAUGAUAAUAGCAUAAUAUGCGAGCCGAUCCUCCAAGAAAUGGAAACGUCAUUGUCGAUGUGUGACGUCAUAACAGACAUUAAUCACGACGAAAUUCAUGUGAAGGAAAUUGGCGCAGUGGACGACACGUUUUACAAUCUAAGCGAGGGUGAUCUCUGCAACCUUUUCAAGCUCGGCAUCUUAUCGACCGACGUAGAAGAAAUCGAGCAUGGCAUUAAUAGGAUAAAAUUGAAAGAGGAAAUGGUACCAACCAUCAAGAGAAAGUGUAAUCGAAGAGAUAAACACGAUAUCGUUGAAGUUAAGUAUGUGGAGGCAAACGGCGAAGUAGAAUUCUCCCGAAAAUUUUGGAAACUAGGUUCCUGGAACACGUAUAUCUCGCGUCUCGCUACAGCUACUCUUCACACUUGGAGGCAGCCAUGUAAAUUGCAAAUUGCAUAUACUAUCUCGUCUCAAUGUCAAACCUUGAAACAAUCGUGUGAAACUAAAAAUGUCACGGUACGAUUCGUACAGCCUAAAGUCAGACUACUCAGUCUACAGGAGAUUAAUGAAAUUACUAGUAGACUAAUGCCUAAUACGAACGAGUUCGGUGGAUUUUUGAAGGAUGCGGAUUUCUUAGCGGAUUAUAAAGGUUUUCUAGAAAAUGUGAAAAUGGAAAUGGCAAUUAAUGAUCCUUGUAUGCCAUUAUUCACUGCUCAGUAUGUUAAAAAUAAAUUUGUCUUUAAUAAACCGUCCAUCAGUAUGGAUGAUCCCAAUGGUAAAGACAAAAAAAAGUUCGCUUUUAAUUAUCAGAUUCAUCUGAUAAUAUAUCAGGAUAUUGAUAUAUGUAACAUGAACAAGUGUUGCACGAUUUUAAAAGAAUGAAAUUUGAAGAGGGGCGGAAGUAUAGUGCUUGAUAUGCAAAAAAUAAUCCCUUUUUCUGCUUAAAUAGCAUUAGAAAAAUCUUUUUCAGGCAGAUGAUAUCUUUGGAAAAAGAUUAAGAAACUGUUUCUUUUUUACUUUUACAAUUAGUAGAUAUUUUUCAUAAUUUUUUUUUUAUUUCUCCGUAAGUCCACAUGUAAGUUUACGUGGUUGCGAAUUUUACGCUUACAAUGUACUUAAGUACACAUAUUAAGUUUGUUUUUUCUGUUGUGAUAAACUGAAUGAUUUCGCGUUCACCAGUAAUCAAGCUUAAAUGAACCAAUCACUAGAAAAUACUGCUUAAGUUAACAUGUUAUCUAUUUGCCACGGUUACAGGUGAUUAAUCUAUUAUAACUUAUUCUUUAAAUACUCAGAGAUUUACGAAGACAACUGUAUUUCUCUCGUACAGUGUCAAAUCUGAGUUAAAAUAUGUUUUUUUUAUUUAGCAUUAAGUAUGCAAUUUUUGUUUUCUUUCAACUCGAAUAAAAUUCAAUUUUGAAAAUUAUACCAACUAUGUCAGUCUUUUUUUCGAAUUGUCACGAGUUAACUAGUGUUUAGUAUAUUAUCAGUCAAAAUUUGAAAUACCAUUUUUUUAUUUGUACGUAUAUUAAAUUGUUAAUUUUAUUAUUCAUUCGAAAUCGAGGAUUUUUCUGGCAAAAGAGAUUAUGAAACAAAAUUAUGAAUUGAGUACAUAUAUCGCGUCGAAAGUUUUAGUUUUAGCUUUUAAAUAUUAUUUAUAUUUGGAUUGAUCCUUACAAUGGCUCUUAAAGAAUUUUGAUCUUUAUAUAAAAAUUCAACUAUUUCACCAUAUUUUUGUUCUAUUAUAAUAUUUUCUUUCCAUUUAUUGAUUCCUUAGAUUCAUUCAUACUAUACAAUUCUUAUAUACUAUGUAAUUCUAAUAUAAUCUAAUAUAAUGCUAUAUAAUUCUAAUAAUAAAUAAUCUCCAAAGUUUAUUAAGAAUGUACGUACCUAAUCGUAUAAAUAAUGGUCUCAUAAUACGUAUAUAUGUUUAUAUAAAAGUUUUUUGUUACUCUGUGAAAAGUAAUGCGUAUAAACAUGCUAACUCUUGUUCCAAAA